UAACCUCAAAAAUUAAUUUUGACAAGCACCCAUUUAUUUAUAUUGUAUAUUUAUCGCAAAAUAAAAUGAAUUGGUCUUUACAAUUAAACCCUGAAAGUCAAACAUUUAAAGAUAAACAAAAAGACCUAUUCGCUGAAUUGGAUAAAGUAAAAACAACCAUCCCCCUCGAAAAAUACAUAGACCAUAAAGAUAGGGUUGGUUCAGGGCAUAAAGAGAAAUCGUCAAUGAAAACCUACAAAGGUAAAAAAAGUAUAUUUAAAACCCCAGAAGCACCAAUAAGAAGAUGUUUACCAUCCCGUCGUCGUCCUGAUUAUCAAAUAAAUCCCAAAAAAUGGACUAAAUAUACAUUGAACGAUGUCCGAGAUGAAGAUAUGUCAGAAAGGGCUAAUAAAAGUGCUGCGUUAUCGUUUUUAAAAGAGAUUGAGAAACGAAAGGAAGAGGAAGAAACAGAGAAAAAAUGUGAAUCUGAAAGUAUUUGUUUUAAAAAAUCCGCUAUGAUUUCUAUUGAGAAAAAUGAGGAUGUGGAGAAAAAUAUUUUUGAAAAUUCAAAACUGGUGAUGCCCGAGUAUGUUAUUGGAGAAAAGGUUAAAAAAGAAAAGAGGGGCGUUAAAAAGGAAAACAAAGGCUUUGGGGAUAAAGAGUUAAAGUUGAGUCAUUUGAUGCAAGAAGAUCAAGAUGAGGAAGAAAAUACUUAAGAGUUUUAAUUGAAUUAAGAUGGUUUAUUUUAGGUGUAAGUUAGAGUAAGGAUGUAAUAAAAUUCAAAUUAGAAUGUAUUUUUCUUUUAAAUAUAUAAAUAUUUAAGUGAA